AUGGGGAAUAUAAACACGGUUGGGCCAAAUGAAGCGCUUAUUAUUUCUGGAGGAUGGUGUGGAAGUACCACGAAAAAAAUGAUAAUCGGCAGUUGGGGGUGGUCUUGGUGGUUUGUAUCCAAUGUACAACGUUUAUCAUUAGAAAUAAUGACCUUAAAUCCGCGUUCCGAAUGUGUCGAAACCGCUCAAGGAGUACCUUUAACGGUUACCGGAGUGGCACAGGUGAAGGUAAUGACAGAGCAUGGUCUUUUGGAAAUCGCUUGUGAGCAAUUCCUUGGCAAAUCAGUUAGCCAUAUUCAAGCAGUUAUACUGCAAACGUUGGAAGGUCAUUUGCGAGCAAUACUUGGAACAAUGACCGUUGAAGCUGUGUAUAAGGAUCGUGACAAAUUUGCUCAAUUAGUGCGAGAAGUAGCUGCACCAGAUCUUGGUCGAAUGGGGAUAGAAAUACUUUCUUUUACUAUUAAAGAUGUUGUUGAUGCUGUUGAUUAUCUAGAGUCUUUAGGAAAGACUCAAACUGCGGCCAUUAAGAAAGAUGCAGCAAUUGGUGUUGCUGAAGCAGAUCGCGAUGCAGGAAUUGUUGAAGCAGAAUGCCAGAAAGUUGCAGCUGAUGCAAAAUAUGAAGUAGAUGCUAACAUUGCAAAGGCAAAAAAAGAGUUUGAUAUGCAACAGGCUGAAUUUGAUGUUCAAGUCGCUACUAAAAAAGCAGAAGCGGAAUUGGCAUAUAAUUUGCAAAAAGCACGCCUCAUGCAAUCGAUUCGCGAGGAGGAAAUUAAAAUCGAUGUUAUUGAACGACGGAAGAAUAUUACCAUUGAAGAGAAGGAAGCGGAACGAAUGGAGCAAGAACUUUUUUCCACUGUUCGAUUACCUGCUGAAGCUGAAACAUAUCGAAUACAAACUGUAGCCCUGGGUGAAAAGAAGCGCGUUAUCGAAAUUGCAAUGGCUGAAGCAAAUGCUUCCAAGAAGAUAGGCGAGGCACAAGCCGUUGUAAUCGAAGCAAUUGGUAGAGCUGAAGCUGAGCGUUUAAAACUUCGUGCUGAGGCUCUGAAAAAUUAUGAGAAAACAGCAACAAUGGCUAUGGCUCUUGAAAAAAUCCCCGAGAUUGCUGAAAGUAUUACGAAACCGCUUAAAAAAACAAGUGAAGUACUUAUUGUGGGAAGUACUGAUAACAUCACCGGUGCUAUAACCAAACUUGCGGCCACAUUACCGAAUUCUUUAAAGGCUGUGACGGGAUUUGAUGUUACAAACACAUUAAAGAAUGUGAUUGGAGUUACUAACAACUGA